AUGAGGAUUGGGGUCAGAAACACCUAUAUACCGAAUCAUAUAAGGCUAACUGCUGCGCUGCAUUUUUAUGCAACAGGGUCGUUUUUACGCGACAUAGGAGAGGACUUUGUGUGCCCAAUGAGCAAGUCAACAUUAUGUUUGGUAAUAAAAGAAGUGACUUUUAUUAUUCAGGAUAAAUUGAUGCAGAAGUACAUAAGAUUUCCCACUUCUGCAGAUGAACAGAAUAUUGUUAAACAAAGAUUCUUCAAUGCGACAGGCUUUCCAGGGGUAAUAGGUGCUGUUGAUUGCACGCACAUUAAAAUAAAAAAACCUCAUAUAGAAGUGGAGCAUUGUUACAGAAAUAGAAAAGGUUAUUUUUCAAAAGAUGUGCAGCUCAUUUGCGAUUUUGAUUUAAAAAUCUUGGGAUGCUAUGCUCGUUAUGGUGGAAGUACGCAUGAUGCCUUCAUAUGGGAGAACAGCGCAAUCAAAAAGUUCCUAGAAGUCAAUCACAGGCAAAAUAAUGACUCAAUUUGGUUACUGGGUGAUUCCGGAUAUCCUCUUCAACCAUGGUUAAUGACUCCUUUUAGAAAUAGUGAAAAUGCAAGCUAG